AUGGGGCGAGCAACAUGCUGGGAGCAAAGACAGGUGUUGCUGCAACCAAAAGCCUAUCCAACACAUUGUCACGGACAUUCAUUGAUCUUGGGUGUGAAGGAUGCAGUAAAAUCUUGUAAAGCCCUAUCUGACACGAUGGAUACCUCAAAGGAACUGAUAACUCUUAUCAAGUAUUCACCCAAGCGCGAACAUUUGCUAGGCGAAGUGGAGGACAACAUAGAAGGAGAGAGUUGCAAUGAGGAAGACGAAAACCUGCUAUUUCUAUGUGUAUUCUAUAGUGAAUUUCUUCCCUUUUUUUACAGAAAAUUAGACAAAUUCAUUCACUGCUGCUACGCUGAAAAAGCCAUUAAAAAUGUGCAAUGUGAGCCCUUGGAAUCCAAUGAGUUCUCUAGCUGUGAUGACUUAAUGAAAGACACSACUCUGAGAAUCUUCCUCUGGAUCCUUGGCUUAAGCGCUCUUGUUGGAAACGUACUAGUGAUAUGGAAACGGACUUCUGGCAUAGAAAUGAGACAUAGCACUAACUCUCUGUUGUUGGCAAACCUUGCAAUUGCUGAUUUCCUAAUGGGAGUUUAUCUAAUCAUCAUUGCAUCUCUUGACAUUAAAUGGAAAGGUGAAUACUUCAAAUAUGACGAGGAGUGGCGAUCAGGGGUUGGUUGCCGAAUAACYGGAAUGAUAUCCAUGCUCUCAAGCGAGGUGUCAGUGGCUAUGCUUUCCAUCGUUACUUAUGACAGACUCGUUUGCCUUGUCUUUCCUUUCACAGUUAAAAGACUUACUUGGAAAAAUGCUUUGUMUAUCUGUGGCUGUGUGUGGAUUAUUGGUCUUAUUAUGUCAAUUGUCCCAAUUUUUGGCUUGAAUUACUUCCUGAACGACBAAGACGAUUUCGGUUUUUACGGAAGGUCAUCGGUCUGCUUGCCUUUGACGCUUUCAACAGACCUUCAAGCCGGAUGGGAAUACUCAGUGACGUUUUUCAUUGCAUUUCCCUUCGUUGCCUUUACAUUCAUGCUGGUUGCCUACAUAGCAAUCAUAGCAAAAGUUAAGAAAUCAUCAACUGCUGUGCGAUCAACUGCUGCCAACAGAGAAUCGUCUCUUUCAAAGAAAGUGGCAUUCAUCAUUCUUACAGACUUUCUUUGCUGGAUGCCUGUCAUCAUCAUCAGCUUCCUCUCCAUUACUGGAUUCAACGUCGACCGGUCAAAACAAAUUUACGUAUGGAUUGCAGUGUUUGUCCUGCCAAUAAAUUCUUCGAUCAACCCAUUCCUCUAUACAUUCACAACUAUCCACAGCAGGCGUAAAAGUCAAGAUCUAGGUAACAUUUCUGUAUGUAUAUAUUCAGUUUGUCGGCGAAGAGAAAGGCGGCAUUCAUUACUUGGAAAACUUCCGAGAGGCCCGGAAAGGACCGGAAAUUUGGCCCAAAAGCUGUCCGAAAGUUCCGGAAAGGACCGAAGCUGUCCGGAAAGGCCCGAAGCUGACCGGAAAUGGCCCGAAGCMGACCGGAAAUGGCCCGGAGAAUGA